AGGCGCAUGGAUGGAACUGGACGUGUGACAGUCAUGAAUGAAAGUCCCAGAUCCAGCCCGAACUCCAGUCCGAGUCCUGACGGGCUAUUGGCUGACCAGAGACGCGGGAAAGUGCUUUCUUCAAGCGGGGGUCUAGGUACCAGAGGACGUCCGGCAGCAGCAAACGCAGCGCGGGAGCGGAGCCGCGUACAGACCCUGAGGCACGCGUUUUUGGAGCUACAGAAAACUCUGCCAUCAGUGCCCCCUGACACCAAACUGUCCAAACUCGACGUGCUGAUUUUAGCGACGACAUACAUAGCACAUUUGACUAAAACAUUACAGGAAGAUGGCGUGGAAGAAGGUGAAGACGCGAAACGAACUGAAGCAUUAAAUUCACUUAAAGGCGGCGGAUACCUGCAUCCCGUGAAGAAAUGGCCCAUGCGCUCGAGGUUGUACAUUGGUGCCAGUGGCCAGUUCCUGAAUAAUUCGGGCCAGAAAGACACGCAGGGAGCAUCGUCAUCUCAGACAUAAACUAUGCACACAAAACUUGAAGCUUAAAAUUAUGUUUAAGUUUUUGCAGCGCCAAAUAUACAGACCACUUUACAACAAAGCGCACAUAAUUGCAGCGCUUAAUAUUAGAAAAGGAAAUUAAAACAAUUACUACUUUUUAUUUUCCACCAAUUUUAUACUGAAAUGAGUACAAUAGAGAAUGAAC